UGGGGGCGGCGGUGGCUUUGGGCAGCUAGACCACCCAUGGCUCCGGUGGCCGUCCCUGAUCGCAUCUGUAUCAGCACCUGUUAGAUUCAUCAUGAGCAGCACUUCCACAUGAAAUACAUUAAAUCAUAUUUUAUUAUUAAAAAAUUCAAAUAUUUUAAAAAUAUGCAAAUGGGAUCUAUCUUCGAACAAGUACAUCAAAGAUCGAAAAGCUACAAAUUUUUACAGUUAGAUAAAAAUGCAAUCAUCAAUUGCAUUCUCUCCAUGUUUAAAUGGAAUAAUCAACCGAUACCACAAUUCUAAGCCCAUUUCGUUGAAUCAGCUCGCAUUAAGACCCACUCUUCAACCAAAAUCACUGUUGUUAUUCCCUUCCACAUCAAGAUCUGACAGAAUCUACGACUCUAAAGUAUGUCCACUUCGUUGCGGCAUUUCAUCAAACGGUUUUAGUGGAGAUGAACGAAGGAGUGUUCGGAAGUGGAUUGAGGUUGGUAGUGAGGCAAUAUCCACAGCUUUUCCUUUGUGGGUAACGAUUGGGUGUGUGCUGGGUUUGGUGAGACCGAGUUCAUUCAACUGGGUCACUCCUAAAGUGUGUACAGUGGGACUUAGUGUAAUUAUGCUUGGUAUGGGUAUGACUUUAACUCUUGAUGAUCUUCGUUCUGCUUUUUGUAUGCCUAAACAAGUUCUCUCUGGUUUUUUCCUUCAAUAUUCGGUGAUGCCAAUAUCAGCAUUUCUUGUAAGCAAACUCUUAAAUCUUCCAUCACAUUAUGCAGCUGGUUUAAUACUAGUUGGGUGCUGUCCAGGGGGCACAGCUAGUAAUAUUGUAACAUAUCUUGCACGCGGAAAUGUAGCACUUUCUGUGAUAAUGACAGCUGCUAGCACUCUAUCUGCUGUGAUCAUGACUCCUUUUUUGACAGCCAAACUUGCCGGUAAAUAUGUUGCUGUGGAUGCAACUGGUUUAUUGAUGUCUACAUUGCAAGUUGUGCUUCUUCCUGUAUUGGCCGGUGCAUUUCUGGUUCAGUAUUUCCAACCUUUUGUAAAAUUUAUCUCUCCAUUGAUGCCACCAAUGGCUGUAGCAACCGCGGCAAUGUUAUCUGGAAACGCCAUUGCUCAAAGUUCAUCAUCAGUUCUUAUGUCUAGUGGACAGGUGAUUUUAGCAUCUUGCCUUCUGCAUGCUUCUGGAUUCUUCUUCGGUUACAUACUUGCAAGGAUGCUUGGGCUAGAUCUGUCAUCUUCGCGAACAAUAUCCAUCGAGGUUGGCAUGCAGAACGCAGCUCUUGGUGUCGUUCUAGCCACUAAGCACUUUGGAGAUCCUCUAACGACGGUACCUUGUGCUGUUUCAAGUGUGUGUCACUCUAUCUUUGGUAGCAUCUUGGCAGGAAUUUGGAGGUUUUCUGUGCCUUCUGAGAUAAAGGACUCUGAAUAUAUUUAGCUUGAUGAACUCCUGCAUGUAACUAGGAUUGUAUUUGAACAAUGUCAUGUGUAGUCCUCCAAAUUAAAUUUGAAUUACAUUCAACAUCAUUCCUUAA